CUCUGCGUCUGUUUCCUCCCAUCUGUCCUAAGCUGCUCAGGUGACCCAGGUCUGGGCAGGCUGGUUGCGGCCCUCCUGUCAUCACUCCUCCCUGCUGCUGCCCGCUGUGUGUUAGCAGAGACCCCACCACUACCUCCCCCGACUGGCCUCAGGGUCCUUCGCAAGACUCACCUGUCUGCCGCCCUCCUUGAGUGCCCCUGGAUCCCGCGAGGGGUGCCUGUUUCCUCCUCCUCGCUACCCGGCGCUCAGCUCUGGGCAGGGGAAUUCAGCCUGACUGGUUGUCCAGGAAGCUGCUGUGUGGACUUCCCAGGGUGACCCAGUAUCUCUCUGAGCAGUGUGCCUGUCACGGCUGCCUCCCUCCCUCCGAGCACUGGAACAGGCACAACUGGUGAGGCGUCUGCCUCCUUGGGCCCAUUGUCACACCUGCUGCUGCCCACCCCACCCUGCUCCCUCCUGGCACCGACUCUGCUUCACCAAGGUCCCCGUGUACACACAUGGCAAGGAGGCCAGGAGGAGCCAGGUGCCAGACCCCCUGCAGCCCCGUAACCUGACGCACCUCCAGCCACCACUGUGAGAUGGGAGGCCAGGCACGCCUGUGGUCACCACUGUCAGGUGCACCAUCAGCUUUACAGGCCAAGGGACUCCUCUUGGUUACCUCUUGGUGCCCCCAGGAGGGGGCUGGCCCUGCAGUGCACCGACCACCAAGGGCUGGAGUGUCAUGCUCUAGAAUGAGGUCCUCAGGGUUCCACUGCUCCCUGGACCAGGAAGGUCCUGGUGUCCUUUCCCUGGGAUGGUGUGGGUAGGGCAGGUCCCCAAGCCUGGGGUGUCGGGCUGGGCUUCACUCCUCCUGUAGUCCUGGCCCUCCCUGCCCACCCCCUAAUGUUGCUCGUCCCUGGCAGGGGAAGCGUCAGCUCAGCUCCUGGGCCAGGCUCACCUCCCUUCCUUCCCAGCAGCCUCUGCUGGGUACAUGGUAGAUAUGAUGGGUCAUGACGCCCUUAAAGCAGAUAGCAUCUCCCCGUUGCGGUGGGAAGUGAGCCUGCAAGGUGUGUGAGGAGGCGGCCCUGAGGCUGCCACAUCCCUAGAUUUUUGGGGAUCAUGGCAUGUGUGGGCACCUUGUUCACACUGCAGAGCUUGCUUCAUCCCCACGAGAGGCACACAAUCUCCAGUGAUGGGAAACUGAGGGCUGGCAAAGAGGACCUGUUGCCUUUGUGUGACUGGCCCCAGCAUGGGGGAGCCACAGCCUGGCUGGGUGGAGGCUAUGGCCUUCCACACUGCUCCAGCUUCCUCCCUGUGCCUGUGACCAGCUCCGGAGCCUGCAUGUGGCCCAGGGCCUGCUUCCUAAUCUGUAAAUACGGGUCGUGUGUCCCAGUGGCUGUGAGCUAUUGAGGGGGCGGUGAGGGGGUGGCGAGUGAGCCGGCUGCGCAGGUCCUGCGGCCCCAGGCCUCAUUGUUAGCCAACAGGCAGCUGGGGGCGGGCUGUGGCUGCUUAUUAAAGGCCGCCUGGAGCAGCCUGUGUGGCGACAGGUGCCCAGAAGCCCAGGAAGCCGGUCAGUGCCCGCCCCAGUUUGAGACCUCGCUAUCCCCUUAGGAACAUCACCAUGUCAGAGGCACCCCGGGCUGAGACUUUUGUUUUCCUGGACCUGGAAGCCACUGGGCUCCCCAGUGUGGAGCCUGAGAUUGCCGAGCUGUCCCUCUUUGCUGUCCACCGCUCCUCCCUGGAGAACCCGGAGCGUGAUGAGUCUGGUGCCCCAGUACUGCCUCGGGUCCUCGACAAGCUCACACUGUGCAUGUGUCCAGAACGCCCCUUCACUGCCAAGGCCAGCGAGAUCACUGGCCUGAGCAGCGAGGGCCUGGUGCGGUGCAGGAAGGCCGGCUUUGAUGGGGCCGUGGUGCGAACACUGCAGGCCUUCCUGAGCCGCCAGGCAGGUCCUAUCUGCCUUGUGGCCCACAAUGGCUUUGAUUACGAUUUCCCUCUGCUGUGUGCUGAGCUGCAGCGCCUGGGUGCCCGCCUACCCCGGGACACUGUCUGCCUGGACACACUGCCAGCCCUGCGAGGCCUGGACCACGCCCACCGCCAUGGCACCCGCGCCCGGGGCCGCCAGGGUUACAGCCUGGGCAGCCUCUUCCACCGCUACUUCCAGGCUGAGCCGAGUGCAGCGCACUCAGCCGAGGGUGAUGUGCACACCCUGCUCCUUAUCUUCCUGCACCGCGCCACAGAGCUUCUCACCUGGGCAGAUGAGCAGGCCCGCCGGUGGGCCCACAUUGAGCCUAUGUACUCGCUGCCUGAUGACCCCAGCCUGGAGGCCUAAGCACCAGCGCCACUCCCUAUGCCUAGGACACUGCCAGUGUCCACUGUUCAGCUGGCCUCUACCAACCCCGGCUCCUUUUAUUUGGGCAGCCUCAAGUCUGUGCACCUGCAAGACCUUCCCCGGCUGUCUGACCAGCCACACAGCCCCGGAGUCCUAUCUAGGCCCUGCUUCUGGGGCCGUGCUCCCCCAGUCAGCCUGCAUGCCCAGCAGUUUGCUGUUUCUCAAUAAACAUUGCCAACUACUUA